AUGGGGCUUCAAUUUCGAAGUUUAUCGAUACUUGUUCUGCUUAUUUGCUUCCUCUGUUGGCCAAGAGUUGGAUCUCCAUUAUCUAAUUCUGAAACAAAACCUGCAAGGGCUCUUGAUACGACUCUCCAGGAAUACGCCUACCGUGCAUUCUUCCAUCCACGUACUGGUAUUCCGUUUGAUGGACUCGUUCCUCCCUAUUUGACAGGGAUUGAGAUAUCAGCAAUGAGACUACGAAGUGGUAGCCUAUUUCACAGAGGUGUUGAAACGUUUAAAGAGUUCAAAAUCCCCAUUGGCGUAAGAGAGCAACCAUAUGUGGAGAGACUUGUUCUGGUGUAUCAAAACCUGGGGAAUUGGUCCACUACAUAUUACCCUUUACCUGGUUACACUUAUCUAGCUCCUAUAUUGGGUCUUCUUGCUUACAAUGGUUCAGACUUAUCAGCUACUAAUCUACCUGAACUGGAAUUUUGGGCUUCCGAUGAUGCCAUCGCAAUCAAGUUUGGACAAAUAAGGUCAAAACCUGAAGGUUCUGGUUCUCAUCCCAAGUGUGUCUGGUUUGAUCUACAUGGUCAGGUCAAUUUCACAGAUUUAGUAUCAGACAAUCAGUGUUUGACUUAUGAACAGGGGCAUUUCUCCAUUGUAGUCGAAUCCCCUCCCCCUUCUCCUCCUGCAACACCUGAAGUUUCUGCAUCACCUGAAGAAACUGCAUCUAGUAGUAAGUUAGACAACAUGCCUAGAGUGUGUGCUAUUGUUGGCAUAGCAGGUGGUGGAAUCAUAUUGGUGGUGUUGUUUGCAUUGCUGAUAUUAUGGGCAUGGAGAUACAAGAAAAGGAAGAGAAUCCAAGAACUAGAAAGAGCUGCAAAUUCUGGUGAAGCAUUACGCAUGACCAGAGUUGGGAGCAUGAGAGUUCCAUAUGCCAUGGCUACAAGAACAAUGCCAGACCUUGAAAUUGACUUUACUGCUUGA